AUGGGGGCUGAGCUUCAGCUCGCCUCCACUCACCAAAGCGUGCUGCCUCAGGAGCGCAAGAAGAAUAAGCACAGCGUGGUCACAGAUCAGUCCUACACCUCCACUUCUCGAGAGCUGGCUUUGGUUAGGAAAGCAUCUCUGGCAGCUGAUGCAUCCAGGCUUGGAUAUAGUUCCUCAUCCAAUCACAAGUACAUUCCCCGGAGGGCAGUGCUGUAUGUACCUGGAAAUGAUGAAAAGAAAAUAAAGAAGAUACCGUCCCUAAAUGUAGAUUGUGCGGUGCUCGACUGUGAGGAUGGUGUGGCUGUGAACAAAAAGAAUGAAGCUCGAUUAAGAAUAGUAAAAACUCUUGAAGACUUUGAUUUGGGCCCAACUGAAAAGUGUGUGAGAGUCAACUCAGUGUCCAGUGGUCUCACCGAAGAAGACCUGGAGACCCUCCUGCAAUCCCGGGUCCUUCCUUCCAGCCUGAUGCUACCGAAGGUGGAAGGUCCUGAAGAAAUCCAGUGGUUUUCAGACAAAUUUUCAUUCUACUUAAAAGGCCGAAAACUUGAACAACCAAUGAAUUUAAUCCCUUUUGUGGAAACUGCAAUGGGUUUGCUCAAUUUUAAGGCAGUGUGUGAAGAAGCACUAAAGACGGGACCUCAAGUGGGUCUUUUUCUAGACGCAGUUGUUUUUGGAGGAGAAGACUUUCGAGCCAGCAUAGGUGCAACAAGUAGUAAAGAAACUCAAGAUAUUCUCUACGCCCGACAAAAGAUUAUUGUUGUAGCGAAGGCCUUUGGCCUACAAGCCAUAGAUCUGGUGUACAUCGACUUUCGAGAUGGAGAGGGGCUUCUCAGGCAGUCGAGAGAAGGAGCUGCGAUGGGAUUCACUGGUAAGCAGGUGAUACACCCUAACCAAAUUGCAGUGGUCCAGGAGCAGUUCUCUCCUUCCCCUGAAAAGAUUAAGUGGGCUGAAGAACUGAUUGCUGCCUUUAAAGAACAUCAACAAUUAGGAAAGGGAGCCUUUACUUUCCAAGGGAGCAUGAUCGACAUGCCAUUACUGAAGCAAGCACAGAACAUUGUUACGCUUGCCACAUCCAUCAAGGAAAAAUGAUCUGUUAAAUGAAGCUCUCAUCAGCAUGUGCUCUUAUAUUGAAGGCUAAAGGGUAUUGAAGCUGCGAAGGAUCAACUUGUGUUUGCCAGAGGACGCCAAUGAAAUUUGAAACACCAACAAUCAGAGAUUUUGUUUCUGCUCCUCAUUAAAUCAUGAGCUUUUGUGUUGAGA